AGCUAUCACUAUCGAGACAAGGAUCGGGCGGUGCCUUUCCUAACCCACUGGGAUCACACCGAGGAGUACUUGAUGAAGAUCGACGGGGCGCAGCGGAAUAAGCUCGCUGCAUUCGAGGAGCUGGUGCUGGCCGCUGCCUUCGAUGUCAAAGUGACGUUGCACCCCCCUGGCCGCGUCGGUGACGGCAAAGUUUGCAAGGGAUGGGGCGAGAUGCGAAAGGCCUUCAAGGUGGAAGUCUACCGAACAGAUGCCCUUGCUCCUCGGCCCAGCGACGUCGACUUCCAAGAGUGCGAGAAGGUCGAGUUCGUUCUCGUAUCGGUGGAGCACUUGCUGGGCGUGGCCCGUGGGCUGCAGGGUGACAUCAAGUUGCUGAUGGAAACGUUUCAGUGCACUAUCUUGGACCAGCCGAUGGAGAUGAGCGUGGCCGUUGCGAAGUGCAUGCGUGCGUCCAUGAUGCAGCUCAUGUCGGUGAAUGCCAUUGUCCCCGACAGCGUGAUCAAGGCCAUCGCCGACUUCGACGCCAUCAGGGCCCGCCCCGACUCCCACAAGGAGGCGGAGGAUUCCAUUGGCAUUAAACAAGUGGGUGGUGUGCCGACGAGCCAGGUAGUCGAGCGCUACCGCGACGCCAUGUUCUUGCACUGCGCUGUCUGCCUGGGGGGCCAGAAGUUCUUGAUCGCAGGCAACUGCGGUGGGGGCCAAUAUUAUCUUGGCAUCUUCUUGGAGAGCAUGAACAAACUUGUUCCCGAGCUGCUGGCCAUGAACGGCACUGCGAUGAAUUCGACCACGUCGAUCUUCGAUUCCCUGCGAUCGUGGAUGCGCUCGCAGUCCAUCCGCGACGUCAUGGAUCAAUUGAUGUCCAAGGCUCUGGAGCUGGCCGCGAAGUGCGCGACCGUCGACUGGAAGGGCUACGUUGACAAACGGGCGAAGAUCACGAAGCAGCUUAGCCAGCUCUUGCAAGCGAACAGGGUAUACGACGCGUGCCUUCUUAUUUCAAACGAGGUUGGGGAGUUGGUCACUCUGGGCGUCAAGGACCUAUUCCCCCCAAAGGAUCGCAACGAUGUGAUCCAGAAGUACAUUGGGAUAUUGGAUUCUAAGAACAAGGAGUCUGUCGACGCCGAGCUGAUCAGCAUGGACGUGUGUAAGGCUACAGAGAACUGCCUGAAGAAAGAGAUGGCCCCCAUAGUAUCACCUGGGUGCCAGGACUUGGUCUGCGCGCCGGUGGCGGGGAAGAGUUCUGCCCUCGCAGUCCGCGCGAACCCGCGGCGGUCCAUCUCUGAGUGGUGGCUCGGCGUCUUGCAGUCAGAAAAAUCAGAUGCAUCCGCGGCGGCAGAGGGCGACAAGAUGUUCGCCGCCGCGUUCCCGACCUACGUCAUGAAGAACUUGAUUGCGUCCUUGGAUGACUACUUCAGCUCGCUGGUGGCAUCGGCCUACGCGUCCCAGGUGCUGGACAGGACAGCGGCUGCCUCGGCCUCCAAGGCGACUCUCAUGCCCAUCGAGAUGGUCGAAGGCGAGUUCCCUCAUGAGCUCGUGGAUGGCACUGUCGGCAGCGGCUGCCUCGACCUCUACUUGGACGGGGGCAGGGUCUGCAACGCGCGCAGAUCCGACUGCUGCGUCGGCUGGCUGAUCAAGCCCGUGAAGGAGCUCUCGGCCGACGUGCAGGAGGCGCUGGCGGCGGGCGUCGAUGACGAGACCGCCGCCCCCGCCAAGCGCCCCAAGCUGAUCAUGAAGAAGGAGCAGGCGAAGUCCAAGCAGACGUCCGCCACGCACGACGUGUGCUGCGUGCGCUUCGAGGUCAAG